UUCACGCAAUGUUUACUAGAAUUUCUGUCUUUGCAACUACUAAAAUAUUAAAUUCCUUAUCCACAUUAAGAAAUAUCCAAAGCUAUUCUGCUGUGAUGUCUAAAUUUGAUCUUCCAGAUCGCUUAAAAGGCAAUGAAAAGUCAGUAUGGGUAGAAUAUAUUCAAUUGGCUUUAAAGUACAAACCAUUAAAUUUAGGACAAGGAUUUCCAGAUUUUCAUGCUCCUGAAAAUGUAACAGAAGCUUUAGCUUCUGUAACUACAAGUGAUAAUCCUCUUUUGAACCAAUAUACCAGAGGAUUUGGUCAUCCACGUUUGGUAAAUGUUAUUGCAAAAUUAUACUCUAAACUUUUAAAUCGUAAUUUGGAUGCAAAUAAUGAAGUUCUUGUAACUGUUGGAGCUUAUGAAGCAUUAUAUACUGCCUUCCAAGGUCAUACUAAUCCUGGAGAUGAAUGGAUAAUUAUUGAACCUUUUUUUGAUUGCUAUGUACCUAUGGUUAAAUGUGUUGGUGGAGUACCAAGAUUUAUUGCUUUAAAACCAAGAACUACAAAAGGACCUCUCAGUUCUGCAGAUUGGGUGUUUGACAGACAAGAAUUAGAGAGUCUGUUCAAUAAAAAGACUAAAGGAAUAAUUAUUAACACUCCACAUAAUCCUGUAGGAAAGGUUUUUACUUUAGAUGAAUUACAAUUUAUUGCUAAUUUAGCUAAGAAAUGGAACACUCUUGUUAUAUCAGAUGAAGUUUAUGAAUGGCUUGUUUAUGAACCAUAUAAACAUGUUAGAAUUGCAACAUUACCUGACAUGUAUGAACGCACAAUUACCAUUGGAUCCGCUGGUAAAACGUUCAGUGUCACUGGGUGGAAGCUAGGGUGGGCCUAUGGCCCAGAAAAUUUAUUAUAUAACUUAAAAGUUGUUCAUCAAAAUGCUGUAAUUUCUGUAGCUAUUGGAUUUGAGCAAGAAUUAGAAAGAUUUGGUCAACCUGACUGUUAUUUUGUUAGUUUAGCGAAAGAAUUAUUGCCGAAACGAGAUUAUAUGGCUAAAUUUCUUAGCGAUGUAGGAAUGUCUCCAACAGUCCCUGAAGGCGGAUACUUUAUGGUGGCUAAUUGGACGGCUUUACAAGACAAGGUUAGAUUAGAUGAAGAAACUGAUGAGAACAGAGACUACCGUUUUACAAAAUGGAUGACAAAAAACGUCGGAGUACAAGGAAUUCCACCAUCUGCAUUUUAUAGUUCUGAACAUAAACAUUUAGGUGAAGAUAAUGUUCGAUAUUGCUUCAUAAAGAAAGAUGAAAACUUAAAGAAAGCAGCUGAAAUUUUAAUGAAAUGGAAAUCUCAACAGUAAUAGGAAGAAUAAUUUUUGU